UCACACGUCCGCGGCAAGCUAUUCCGGUCGUCCGUUCUCACUUGCUCGGCCAUGAUGUUGAGCGCCGUGUCGAAGGCAGCCGCUGGGGCCCUUAGGGCCGUCAAACCAACCCUUCUCCAACAAGAAUCUGCCAAAAUCGCUGGAGCACUCUCCGUCAACAGCCGAGAGUAUGCAGCUAAGCCAGCGGCCGCAGGCAAAGGUGCCUCGGGAAAAGUGGUGGCCGUCAUCGGUGCCGUCGUCGACGUGCAGUUUGACGAUGCGUUGCCUCCAAUCCUUAACGCCUUGGAAGUGCAGGACCGCAGCCCCAGGCUAGUGCUUGAGGUUGCUCAGCACUUAGGAGAAAACACCGUCCGUACCAUUGCCAUGGACGGUACCGAGGGUCUUGUUCGUGGUCAAAAUGUCCUGGACAGUGGGUACCCCAUCCGUAUCCCCGUAGGAGCUGAAACUCUGGGUCGGAUCAUCAACGUCAUCGGUGAACCCAUCGACGAACGUGGCCCCAUUCCAACUGACAAGCUCGCACCAAUCCAUGCGGAUGCUCCCGAAUUCGUCGACAUGUCCGUUGAGCAGGAAAUUCUGGUCACGGGAAUCAAAGUCGUCGAUCUGUUGGCCCCAUACGCCAAGGGUGGAAAGAUCGGUCUGUUUGGUGGUGCCGGUGUCGGUAAAACUGUACUGAUUAUGGAGCUGAUCAACAACGUCGCCAAGGCCCAUGGUGGUUACUCAGUAUUUGCUGGUGUCGGCGAGCGAACGCGCGAGGGCAACGAUCUCUAUCAGGAAAUGAUUGAGUCCGGUGUCAUUUCCCUGAAAGACAAAACCUCCAAGGUGUCAUUGGUGUACGGUCAAAUGAACGAGCCCCCGGGCGCUCGUGCCCGUGUUGCCUUGACCGGUCUUACGGUAGCCGAGUACUUUAGAGAUCAGGAGGGACAAGACGUAUUGCUCUUUAUCGACAACAUCUUCAGAUUUACUCAGGCUGGUUCUGAGGUGUCGGCCUUGUUGGGUCGUAUUCCAUCUGCCGUAGGUUAUCAGCCAACCUUGGCCACUGACAUGGGUACCAUGCAGGAGAGAAUUACCACCACAAAGAAGGGAUCCAUUACUUCGGUACAGGCUAUCUAUGUGCCCGCCGAUGACUUGACUGAUCCCGCCCCUGCCACCACAUUUGCUCACUUGGAUGCCACCACUGUAUUGUCUCGUGCCAUUGCCGAACUUGGUAUCUACCCCGCUGUCGAUCCCCUCGAUUCGACUUCCCGUAUCAUGGACCCUAACAUUAUUGGUGCUGAACAUUACAACAUUGCCCGUGGCGUACAAAAAAUCUUGCAAGAUUACAAAUCACUGCAAGAUAUCAUUGCUAUCUUGGGUAUGGAUGAGUUGUCCGAAGAAGACAAACUUACCGUCGCACGUGCGCGUAAAAUCCAGAGGUUCUUAUCUCAGCCAUUCCAGGUCGCUGAGGUCUUUACUGGCCACGCUGGCAAAUUGGUGCCUCUUGCCGAAACCAUCAAGGGAUUCCAGAAGAUUUUGAACGGAGAAUUAGAUCAUUUACCAGAAGUCGCGUUUUAUAUGGUUGGCCCAAUAGAAGAAGUUGCAGCAAAGGCAGAGUCUUUGGCUAAAUCAUAAAUCUAAACUUCAUUCAUUGAGAGCUUGACAUUAAAUUUUCUUAAUGCCAUUCUUUUAACGAAUCCAUUAUCCGUUUUUCUAUUAAAAACGUACUUGAAGUAAUGUUAACGGAUGAUUAGAUUUGUUGUUAACAUCAAUACCUUUAUUGUUUUAAUAAACACAAUUUAAAACAGAACACAAAAUAAUUUUUGAUUAACAAUUUACUGCAAAUCAUAAGGAUUAUUGUACAUUUAGUGACUAGUGCGAGAAAUUCCAUCAAAUAGCUCUAUUGUAAUUCCCGUUACACAUCAAAAACACUUCGACGAUCGAAAAAUGUUCCGAACAAUAUACUCUGCGAAACCGUAUUGUAUGUUAGUUAAAAAAAUAUAAUAAAUAUUUACAA